GUUCCCAACAACGAUGAAUACAACAUUCUGACCAGCAAUUUGUGUACGUUUAUCCUGAAAGUGGGUCACAUACAGGCGUGGAUAUAUUUAUUAUCAUUUUAAUAAGAAGCUGAGGUCAUUGCAAGAUGGAGAACUGCAGCUUCCAGAGCCAGCUGCUGUCCGUCAUGGAGGUGCUGGCUAAGGCGGCGGUGGCGGAGAUCAACCGGCGUGUGGAUGAUAGCUGCGCGGUGCUCCGGCUGGAGGUGAGCCAGAGCCGGCGGGACAUCGACCUGCUGAAGAGCAAGUGCGAGGUGAUGGAGGCAGAGCUGAGGAGGACCAGGAUGAGGGCCAGGAGGAAAGUGUUUUAUCCUCCAGCCGGUGAGAGAUUUUCUCCUUCAGUCAAAGUAGUUUUGAACAGAGAGAGACAGAGCGCAGACUGGGACAGACAGAUGAUGGAUGCUGAGGCUCAAAAUCAACCCCAGCAGUGUGCAGACAUGGAGCCCGCUAAUGAAGCUGACCACAUACAGAUCAAAGAGGAGUGCGCAGAGGAGGACCUGUGGAAGAACGACCCAGAGGACGAACACAUCUCUGGAGCUGGACAGCCGGCGUACUUCAAAACCUCACAACCUGCCCAGACUGACGGCUUUGUGAACCGUUACCUCUCAGCUGAGAACCCAGCAGACCCAGAAUCUCUCGUUUCCCCAGCGGACGGCUACACCGCUUUGAAGGAGCAGCAGCUGAACACAAACCAGAAUGGGACAGAACUCGUAGUGAAACAUGAGAAAGAGGAAGAGCCCGAUGAGAACGCAGCUCCUCUCGAUUCAGGCCACAAGUUUGUGACGGAGGAAGGUGACGAUCAGCUGUGGUCGUCCAGUCUGUGCGGAGAUGCCGGUGAUCCGAGCUCCUCCUAUGCCGGGCAACAGUUUGAGCAGAUUCCCACUGUGUUCACACCUCAAAGCGGCCUGCAUUUGGAAGAUAUGGCACCCAGAACUCACUCAGUAGGGAAAUCACAUUGUGUCACGGUGAAUGUAUCACGAGCGAAAAGACGAGCCAGAACACUGGGAUGUAAAAGACCACAGGCAGAUGAAGGACACAGUGCUUUGUCUCAGAUUAACUCCGUGGAUCAAAGCUCCCUUCCUCAACAAUGUCUGCAUCAGUACAGAGACGUUGCACCUGCUGUGAGGAACCCGGAUCAGGAUCCGAUGGCGCCGAAUCCAGCGGCCUCCUCGCUCUGCGGGCACAGCCGCAGUGGCUUCGGCCUGGCAAGGAGGAUGAGGACGCCCUGGAGGUCCGGCAUCGGCGAGAAGAGGUUCAGCUGCACGUACUGCGACAAAAGCUUCAUGAGGUUCAGUCAGCUCAAAGAGCACCUGAGGAGCCACACGGGGGAGAAGCCGUUCAGCUGCCUGCAGUGCGGCCGGAGCUUCACCAAGCAGUGCAACCUCAUCAGACACGCGGUGGUCCACAGUGGAGAGAAACCCUACGAGUGCUCGCUGUGCGGGAAGUGCUUCACCCAGCGCUCCAGCCUCAAGUCCCACCAGAAAACAGCUCACUGAGUUCAGAGUGGUUUAUUUUAUACAUCUGAUUCCUGUGUUUGGUAACUUUAAGAAACAUUUAACUGGAG